UCUCCUCCCCUGGCCAAGCCCCUCCUGGCAGCACCCUGGGCCCACCAUGGGAGGAUGCCUCUCCAAACCAAAACCAGAGGUCAAGGUGGAGCUGUCUCUGCUGGACAAGGAGCGAGAGGUGGCGGACGCCAUGAUGUCCCCCAAUGGCAAGGCCAGCCCCUUCUCGCCGGGCUCCGAGUGCCGCCCCAACGGCGCCCUGGGACACGGCUCCGAUGACGAUGCCUCGGCCACCCUCAGGCCCUCCACUCUCCACAAGCCCCGCGACUACGUGGAGGCCAGCGUCUGCCACGUCAAGGACCUGGAGAACGGACAGAUGCGAGAGGUGGACUUGGGGACGGGUAGGGCGCUACUCAUCAAGGAGCACGGGGAGUUCUCAGCCAUCGGGCACAAGUGCCCACACUACGGAGCGCCGCUGGUCAAAGGUGUUCUGUCCAAGGGCCAUGUUCGAUGUCCGUGGCACGGGGCGUGUUUCAACAUCGCAACGGGAGACAUUGAGGACUAUCCAGGUCUCGACAGCUUGCCCACCUUCCAGGUCAGAGUUGAAAAGGACAGGGUGGUCAUUCGAGCAAACAAACAGGCUCUUCAAACACAGAGGCGGACAAAGGCCAUGUCGAAAUGCUCAGCUGUCAUCAACUCCAACACGGGCUUCAGCCAUGUCCUCAUCAUCGGAGCAGGGCCAACUGGCCUCGUGUGUGCUGAGACUCUUCGGCAGGAGGGCUUCACGGAUCGCAUUGUCAUGUGCACUUUGGACAAACAUCUGCCCUACGACAGACCAAAACUCAGUAAGUCCCUGGAGAGCACGGCUGAGCAGCUUCGGCUCCGCACCGCUGAGUUCCUGCAGACCCAUGACAUCGAGCUGCUCACCGAGAAAGAGGUGGUGUCUGUGGACGUGAAGACAAAGACGGUGACUUUCCAGGACGGCUUCAAGAUGGAGUACAGGAAGCUGCUCAUUGCCACAGGAAGCAGGGCCAAGCCACUAAACUACAAAGGAAAGGAGGUUGAGAAUGUGUUUCACCUCCGGAACCCCGAGGAUGCUAACCGCAUAGCUCAGCUGGCCAGCAAUAAAAAUGCUGUCAUCGUGGGAACAUCCUUCGUAGGUAUGGAGGUGGCAGCAGCUCUCACAGAUAAGGCCCACUCUGUGUCGGUCAUUGGAAUAGAGGCGGUGCCAUUCCGGAAGGUUCUUGGGGAGAAAGUGGGCAAAGCCAUAAUGAAGCUGUUCGAGACAAACAGGGUGAAGUUCUACAUGCUGAACGAGGUGUCGGAGAUGGUGGGCCAUCAUGGACAGUUAAAAGAAGUGGUCCUCAAGAGUGGCAAGGUGUUACGAGCAGAUGUGUGCGUCAUUGGUGCCGGUUCUGGCCCAGCCACUGGAUUCCUGAAACAGAGCGGGGUACACAUGGACUCUAAAGGAUUCAUCCCUGUAAAUAAGAUGCUACAGACCAAUAUGGAGGGAGUCUAUGCGGGAGGAGACGUGGUCACCUUCCCCUUCGCCUUGCGCAAUAACAAGAAGGCCAACAUCCCUCAUUGGCAAAUGGCCCAUGUACAUGGGCGAGUGGCAGCUCUCAACAUGAUCGGAAGACCCACGGAGGUGAAGACAGUGCCUUAUUUCUGGACCGCCAUGUUUGGGAAGAGUAUACGCUACGCCGGACACGGAGAUGGGUUUGAUGACGUCGUCAUCCAGGGAGAUUUGGACGACCUGAGAUUUGUGGCGUUUUACACAAAGAGCGAGGAGGUGGUGGCAGUGGCCAGCAUGAACUAUGACCCCAUUGUGUCACGCGUGGCGGAGGUCUUGGGCUCCGGAAAGACGAUUAGGAAACGUGACGUGGAAACAGGGGACAUGUCCUGGCUCAUCGACAAAGGCUCACAGUGAGGAUCUCGUCUCUGAAUGAAAGGCCAUUACUGACUACUGAAAAAAAGAGGACAACAAAGCGACUGCAGCAUCUGACGGCACAUGAACACUGAAGAAGAGAAAAGAAGAAACAGAAUUUUAAAAAAUAAAAAGACAAAAGACACUCCUGGUGCUUGAGGAAAAGACCGGCUGGCUAGCUAGCUAGCUGGAACUAUCUUGAAUUUCGGGAGCAUAAUGUGCUGGCUAGCUAGCUGGCUGGAACUAUCUUGAAUUUCGGGAGCAAAAUGUGCUGGCUAGCUAGCUAGCUGGAACUAUCUUGGAUUUCGGGAGCAAAAUGUGCUGGCCAGCUAGCUAGCUGGAACUAUCUUGAAUUUGGGGAGCAUAAUUUGGAGGAUGUAGCAGAGUGAGCUUCAGCCCAGGGACAUCAUCCUCAUCAUCCUCAUCCUCAUCCUCUCAGAGGAAGGCCUUCUGUACAUACCCAUCUCACUGUUAAAGGACUUCAUCACUCGAGAACAGUGGCUCCCAAAACUGGGGGUCAGGACGGGACCCCAAGGGGGGGUCGCAGAGGUACUUAAGGGGGGUCGAGGGGGUGUAGCCUAGCAAUGGAUUUCUAGCAAUGAACUAUAAGUGGAAAAAUAUAGCAAUAUUAAUGGAAAUUAGUUUUUUUGUCCAUUAAUAUUGCUAGAUUUUCCAAUAAUAGUUGUCCGCUAAUAUUGCUAGAAAACCAUUGCUAGGCUAACGCGUCCAAAAGGGGGUCCACGCUAAAUAGGUCUGGGCCUUAGAAUGAGCCAUACAGGAAUCUGAAGCUAGUCAUUGUAUGGUCGGUCCUGUUUCUCCAUCUCUAUCUCCUCCUCCUUCUCUCUUUCUCUCUCCGUCUUUCACAUGUGUUUGGCAGCAAAGCAAUACUAAAUGUGGAGGCAUUGCUUGUGCAUGACGUAAUAACUACCUGAACACUUUUGUUUGUUUCUAUGAGGACCAGGUGAGGCUAUUUUUGUACAUGCGACUUGUGUAUAGCUAUAAACCUAAUUGCAUUGCAUCAUUACAGGACCGUGAACAGUUUUUACUGACCUUUUCAGAUUUUUUUUUUCUCGGUUUGUUUGUUUUGUGUUUUAAUUUUUAACAGUAACGACUUAGGUCCUCAUGAGGUCAUCAGCCUGACUGUACAGAGAAUAAUAAU